ACUUAUAGAAUGCAACACCUUUAGAGCCAUUGAAAGCUACAGCAUGGCUAUAAAUGAGGCCUGAUCUCCUCAGUGUUCAGUCUGAGUCUGGACCAGGAGCUCAUCAUGACUAACGGAGUGAAUGGAGGACUCCGUGGUCUGCUGGCAGAGAGGUCAAGUGGAGCUCCGAGGAGGAGAUUCAAAAGAUACACAACAGGAACUUACAUCGGACUUAUUGCAUGCGCAAUUCAAGGUUCACCAGACAAGAUGCUCACGUUCAAACAGAUAAUGAAACAGCUGGAACCAUUUGUCUUCGGGGACAAAAAGGGAAUUGAGAACAACAUCAGAGUCUGUCUUUCAUCAAACAGGUGUUUUGAAAAGGUGCCAGUCGAUCCGAAUUAUCCAAAUCCUAAAAAGAACUUCUGGAAAGUGGAUGAAAAUGGCAUUACUCCAAAAAUGUUUCGCCGGCAUUUCAAAUAUCUAAUCAACCUAUUCCCUGGCCUGUCGAUUCAGACACAAGCGGUGGAUGAGUGUAAAGACAAUUCUCAUGCUCCUGAGCCUCUUACUCCAGCCUGCAAGGUCGCAGAAAGCAAAAGUGAAGGCAAAUUUACAGGCCCCUUUUCCAUAGAUUCAUUAUUGAAGAGCGACCGUGAAGAGAAGCGCAUGCGCAGCACGCGUUUGGAGGAACAUGUGCACUACAUAGACGCACAGCGUGGCACGGCCAAGAGAAAAAACGUUUAUGAAUAUGAAGCAGUGGAGCGUUAUAACCCUGUUCCAGUAGUAGGACGUGAACUGGCCUCAGCGAAAAUACCUCUUCUAUCUUCUGGACCUCAGCUCGGACAGUCUCUGCCUCCACAUAUCACAUAUAAUCAUCAUGUUCUCUUCAACUCCCCUUUAAUGUAUGAUAGGCCUACUAGAUAUGUCAGCUGGUGAACAGCCAGAGUGACCACAUGUAGCCAAAUGGGAAGAAAUUGCACUUUAUUUUUUUUGCUUUUUAAUAAACCAAUCUUUUUCA